CGCGCACAGGUGUCGAUUCCUCUGUCGACUUUUCUACAUGCUUGUGAAGAUGAUGCAGUGACAAAGCUGAUCAAUGAGAAAAUACCAUACUUCAAUGGUCCAAUUUAUCUUCAUAAUAAGACCCAGAUUGGCAAAGUUGAUGAAAUCUUUGGCCCAAUCAAUGAAUCCUACUUUUCUAUUAAAAUGAUGGAAGGAAUUGUGGCAAUUUCAUAUACGGCGGGUGACAAGUUCUUCAUUGAUCCGGCUAAGUUUUUGCCACUACAAAGAUUUCUUACACAGCCAAAGGGACAACAAGCUGCUGCUCGAGGUGGAGGACCGGGGGGAGGUAGAGGUGGUGCGAGAGCUGGCGGAAGAAGCGGUGGGCGUGGGUUUGGUAGCUUUCGUGGAAGGGGUGCUCCAAGGGGUGGCAGAAGUGGCUCAAGAGGUGGCAGCCGUGGUGGAGGAUUCAGGGGCAGAGGAAGGGGAUAG